GACCGACCUACAUGCAAGCGUGUUAAUGUCAGCGUGUCUUCCAUUGCGCAGCAGCCAACUAGGUGAAGGUGGAAAAUCCAUCAGGAGGAAGGAUGCUUUGAGUCUGUUUCUUUAGUCAACGCGUAGUUUUUGUUUUUCGGCCGAGAUCUGCACAGUAAGACCUGCUGGACAUAGUCGGCUCCCCUACUGUGGUCUGUCUUAGAUAUAUUGUCAACCCCCUCCUCCCUACAACCCCCUCCCUCUUUAAUCUCCCAGAUUGUCGGCGACUUUCUGCAGUCGAUGCUGCAGCUUUGAGCCGCUCCUGCACCGGGACACCCGACCUAAUGAGAAAGACAUGCUCGCAUUCGUUUUGGUCUCUGGGUUGCUCUGGAUUAUAUUAGAGCUGAGUUCCACCCUGAUGGAGAAGAUGCAGGCCCAGGAGAUGAUGAGUGGCCUGAGGAUGCCGGAGAUGGAUGAGCUUGGCCAGUUCUUCCGCUCUCUGCCAACGUCUACUCUGGUGGGCAUUGGCGCCUUGACGGCCGUGCUAGCAUACUGGUUUGCAACCAGACCUCGUCCCAUCAAGCCUCCCUGCAGCCUGCAGCACCAAUCUGAGGAAGUGCCGAAUGAAGGUGGAGGCCGACGAUCCAUGAUGGGUGACCCCUCCAAACUGCUGAGUCAUUACCAUGAUGAUGCAAGGACCAUGUAUGAGGUCUUCCAGAGAGGCCUUCACAUAUCUGGUGAUGGGCCUUGUUUAGGCUCACGGCUCCCAAACCAGCCCUACAAGUGGAUGUCUUAUAAAGAGGUGACAGCCCGGGCAGAGCAUCUGGGCUCAGGCCUGCUUCACCAGGGCUGCCAGCCCAACCCCAGCCAGUUCAUUGGUGUGUUUGCUCAGAACAGACCUGAGUGGAUCAUCUCAGAGUUAGCUUGCUACACCUACUCCAUGGUGGUGGUUCCCCUUUAUGACACACUAGGCGCAGAUGCUAUACGGUUCAUCAUUAACACCGCUGACAUCUCCACAGUCAUCUGCGACAAAAUGGAGAAAGCUAAGGUGCUUUUGGAAAAUGUGGAACGGAAAGAGACUCCCCGCCUCCAAAGAAUCAUCCUAAUGGAUGCCUUUGACUCUGCUCUCGUGGACCACGGCGUAAGCUGUGGCGUCCAUGUGCAGGCUCUCCAGGAAGUGGAGGCUCUGGGCAGAGAGCACUACAGAAAACCCAUACCACCAGCACCGGAUGACCUGUCUAUUGUAUGUUUCACCAGUGGAACCACAGGAAAUCCAAAGGGAGUCAUGCUCACCCAUGGAAAUGUGGUGGCGGAUUUCUCAGGCUUCCUUAAAGUGACAGAUAAAGUUAUUUUCCCAAAUCAAGAUGAUUGCCUCAUUUCCUUCCUGCCGCUGGCUCACAUGUUUGAGAGACUCAUUGAGUCUGUGGUGUACUGCCAUGGAGGACGAAUCGGUUUCUACCAGGGUGACAUCCGUCUCCUGUCAGAUGACAUGAAGGCCCUGCGGCCGACCAUUUUCCCCGUGGUGCCUCGGCUGCUCAACCGCAUGUAUGACAAGAUUUUCAGCCAGGCAAACACCCCCUUGAAGCGUUGGUUGCUCAACUUUGCUGCAAAGAGAAAAGGUGCUGAACUCACCAGAGGAAUCAUUCGCAGUGACAGCAUGUGGGACAAAAUCUUCUUCAGUAAGAUUCAGGCCAGCUUGGGAGGAAGACUGAGGAUGAUUAUAACAGGAGCAGCUCCUACCUCACCCACUGUCCUGGGAUUCCUCAGAGCAGCUCUGGGAUGCCAGGUGUACGAGGCAUAUGGCCAGACAGAGUGCACAGCAGGCUGCACCUACACCACACCCGGAGACUCGACCUCAGGUCAUGUUGGGGCCCCGCUGCCAUGUAACCUCAUCAAACUCGUGGAUGUUCCUGAGAAGAACUACUUUGCUUCUAAGGGAGAAGGAGAGGUUUGCGUAAAGGGACCAAACGUGUUUAAGGGCUACCUCAAAGAUCCAGAGAGAACUGCUGAGACUCUAGAUCCAGACGGCUGGCUCCACACUGGAGACAUCGGCAAAUGGUUGCCUAAUGGCACGUUGAAGAUCAUUGACAGGAAAAAGCACAUCUUCAAGUUGGCGCAGGGCGAGUACAUCUCCCCUGAGAAGAUCGAGAACAUCUACAUUAGGAGUGAACCAGUGGCACAGCUCUAUGUUCAUGGAGAUAGUCUCCAGUCCUGUUUGGUAGGAAUUGUGGUUCCUGACCCUGAAGUCAUGCCUGAAUGGGCCAAGAAAAAAGGCAUCUUGGGUACCUACAAAGACCUGUGUAAAAACACGGAAUUGAAAAGGGUAAUCCUUGAAGAUUUGGUGCGUCUAGGCAAAGCCAGUGGCCUCCACUCUUUUGAGCAGGUGAAGAACAUCUACAUCCACAACGAGAUGUUUUCCAUUGAGAACGGCCUCCUGACUCCGACGCUAAAGGCCAAGAGACCAGAACUGAAGGAAUUCUUCAAGGCCAAGAUUGACCAGCUCUAUAGCAGUAUCUCCAUGUGAAGGCCAGCAGACCUAAUUUUCCCUCGAGCAUCCUGACACAAAGACCUACUUUUUACACCUGACCUGCUGCUGUAGGUCAAAAACGUGUCUCUCGAGGCUGAACAUGCUUUGGGAAAGUAAACCAAAACUGGCCAAACUGUGGAAGAAUUAAAAUGGCUAUGAAAAACAAAUCAAAACCUGAAAUAAAGUAAAACACGAUGUAUAUUGUUAUAUCUAUUUCCAUCUUAUUUAUGCGUUUACUGUCACAAAAUGAAACUGUAUGUUAAAAGGAUAGAUCUUUACCUUCUCUGAUUUACAUGAGGAAGUAACACAUCAUUGCCAAAAUGAGAACUGAUGACAUCUUUAAUCACUUAGGAGCAAAAUUCAGGUUGUCCUUUUAACAGAUAUUUUCAUAUUUUCCCACACAGUGAAUGUGUAUAUAGAGGAAAUAUUUUUGAUACAACAAUGUUUAUUGUUACAUGCAUUCAAAAUAUCUUGAUUUGUUUUCAUUUAGACAUGUUAACUCUUCCCAACAUUGUUCUCUGCUAUUCAUCCAAACAAAUCAUUGCUCAGUUUCAUCCUGCAUAGGUCACACUUAAAACAUGAGCAGACCAUCUCUACUUCCCAUCAUUCUCCUCUCUUCCUCAUCAGUUUAAAGUUACAAGCCAACAACAAGUGGACAUUAGUAAUGCAGUUGUAUGAUGGCAAGUGUGAUGUCGUAGUGUGUAGUGCAAGUUCAGGACAUUUCUAAAUGUGCUCCCUUUUGGACAGUAAUGGUCUUCAUCAACAGUCAAAAAUGAUAUUCAUUAAAUAAGAAACCUGCUCACAGGGGUGCCAGUGGAAGAGUUAUUCUGAUCUUCCACAAUUAUGGAAAGCUAUGUAUAACCCCCGACAUUGUGCACUUAGACAAAAAAAUGUACAUCCCGUUGAGUCAGGAUUAGGAUGAUAAAGACAAAACAGCAGCUUCUGCCUUUCAAAUAAUUUUGUCUGCACCGUUUCAUGUGGAGCAUCACGAUACCUGAGCCAGAAAAUCACACGUCAUGUCAUUAGAUUGUUCAUUGCAGUAAGUCACCGCUACAUGGUUGUGGUCAGACGUUCAGCAUGCAUGCACUUUGUUUAGUAAAAAACUGGCCCAGAGUAACUGUCAUCAAACUCUACAGCUGGUGCAAUCACAACUUUCUGUUUACCCGUCCUUGCACAAAGAGUAUGUCAGGUCAAAAGAAGCAGGAAAAAAAUAAAACAAAAAAGCUUCACCAUGGCUCAGGGCAAUGCAUGCAGUUUGCCCUGCAAUGCUGGGACCAUUGACAUUCGACUUGGGGGGGGGACUCUUUGGCCAUUCAAAAGAAGGCUGUUCACAUACAGCCACAGUUGCAAGUGCAGGCUAUGUAACUUAGGCAAAGUUGAUGAUAAAUUUCAUUUAAUGAGGGCAAAUAGAUCAAGCAUCAACUUUAAAACAAAAUAAACCUUAUUUUGUUGAAUGGGUUUACAUGUAGAAGUAAUGUCUAAGCUUUUAAAGUUGAUUACCGUCCCAAAGCAUAAACAAUGCGGAUGUACAUAAAUGAGGACAGCUAGAUGUAAGCAUAUUUAUUAAAUCAACGGUUUGAAUGGAUUUUUUUCCCUCUUUGCGUGUAG